CAGUCGUAAAAAUAAGAUGGGCAGCGCAAUCGAAGCCAUUUGUAUCAACCAUUUCCUAUAAAUACCCAUAUAUCCAUCGUAAGUUUGUAACAGACCAUAAGCAACAACAGCCAUGGCCAUACAUAAAUCUCUCUCCCUCGCUUUUCUCCUCUUUUUCCUACCCUUUCUUUCUUCUUCCCAUGCAACAAUAUCAUCUGCAACAGCAGGACUGCCAGAAGCAGAGGCUCUCCUGAAAUGGAAAGCCAGCCUCUCACCAGCACAAGCUCUCCACUCAUGGUCACUUCCUGCUACUAAUGCCAGCACCAACACCCUAUCUCCAUGCAAAUGGACUGGGAUCUCAUGCAACAGCCUUGGAAGUGUAACCGAGAUAAGCCUACCGAGUGCAGGCUUGCAAGGUAAGCUCGACAACUUGAGCUUCCCCUCAUUUCCAAACCUCCUUCAUCUCAAUCUCAGUGGCAACACUCUCACUGGUACCAUCCCAGCUCAUAUUGGCGCUCUUUAUAAACUCAUGUCCCUCGACCUGUCUGCAAAUAGUAUAAGUGGAUCAAUACCCCUAGAUAUAGGGAAUCUUGGGAAUUUGAAUGAGCUAGAUUUGUCCAUUAACCAUCUAGAUGGUUCCAUCCCUUCCACUUUAGGGAACUUGUCAAAGCUUUCCAUCUUGAACCUGUACCAAAAUCGAAUCUCUGGCUCCAUUCCUCCACAAAUUGGGAAUCUAAAAGAGCUGGUUCAGUUGUCAUUGUUCCAGAACAAUCUGACCGGUCCAAUUCCUCCUGCUUUGGGUAAUUUGAGAAACCUUACACUGUUGUUCCUCUACAGCAAUCAAAUUUCUGGUUCAAUUCCUCCACAAUUUGGGAAUUUAAUGAAUCUCAACAUUCUUGAUCUGUCCGGUAACAUUCUAACAGCUUCUAUCCCUUCCACUUUAGGGAACUUGACAAAGCUGACAGCCCUCGGCCUCAUUCAAAAUCAAAUUUCUGGUUCUAUUCCUCCGGAACUCGGGAAUUUAAUGAGUCUCAAUAUUUUAGCAUUGUACCGUAACAAUCUGACUGGUCCCAUCCCUCCUGCUUUGGGUAAUUUGAGAAACCUUACACAGUUGUUCCUCUACAGCAAUCAAAUUUCUGGUUCAAUUCCUCCACAAUUUGGGAAUUUAAUGAAUCUCGAUAAUCUUGAUCUGUCCGAUAACUUUCUAACAGGUUUUAUCCCUUCCACUUUAGGGAACUUGACAAAGCUGACAGUCCUCUACCUCUUUCAAAAUCAAAUUUCUGGUUCUAUUCCUCAAGAACUUGGGAAUUUAAUGAGUCUCAAUAUGCUAGCAUUGAGUCUAAACAGUCUGACUGGUCCGAUCCCUCCUGUUUUAGGUUCUAUCCCUCCUACUUUAGGAAAGUUAACCAAGCUUACCGUAUUGUCCGCUAUUUACUGUCAAUUAUCUGGUUCGUUGCCUCAAGAAAUGAGGAACAUGACAAAUCUUUCUAAACUCUACUUGGGUGGCAACAGCCUCUCUGGCUAUUUUCCUCAGUUAUGCCAGGGCGGAUCUCUUCAAGUCUUCAGUGCUUAUGGCAACCAUUUCACUGGUGAGAUCCCAAAAAGCAUCAGAAAUUGCACUAGCUUAAUAAGAGUGCGACUUAAUGGAAAUCGACUUGCUGCAAAUGUAUCAGAAGUCUUUGGUGUAUACCCGCAUCUCAUAUUCAUGGACGUCAGUGACAACAUGUUGUUUGGUGAACUCUCACCAAAUUGGGGAGAAUGCCAAAAUUUGACAAAGCUACAAUUAUCCGGGAACAUGAUUACCGGUAGAAUUCCUCCUGAGAUAGGGCAGUUGACUCAGCUAAGUGUGCUUGGUCUUUCUUCAAACCAUCUGGUGGGCGAGAUUCCAAAGGAAUUUGGGAGGCUGACUUCUUUGUUCAACUUAACUUUAAAUGAAAACCAGCUUUCCGGUCAGAUACCCCAAGAGAUUGGAAAACUAUCCAAUUUGGAGGUUCUUGACUUGUCAAUGAAUCACCUAAGUGGUCCAAUACCACCUCAAUUAGGUGAUUGCUUCAAACUCCAAUAUCUGAAAUUGAGCGAAAAUGUUUUAAAUGGAAGCAUUCCUUUUCAGAUUGGUAACCUAAUAUACCUACAGGAUUUACUAGAUCUAAGUCACAACUCCCUCAAUGGACAGAUAUCACCACAACUCACGAAAUUGAUUCGGCUGGAAAAGUUAAACCUCUCCCACAACAUGCUGUCAGGCUCCAUUCCACCUUCUUUUGAAGGGAUGUUCAGCUUGCAAUCCAUUGAUUUUUCAUUCAAUGCUUUGGAAGGUCCUCUUCCCAACAGCAAAAGCUUUCAGAAGGCUCCUGCAGAGGCAUUCAUAAAUAAUAAAGGCUUAUGUGGUGAAGUGCAAGGUUUGCGACUUUGCAAUGCCUCUUCAAUCAAUCGUAGUGAUGCGAUGAAAAGUCACAGAGUUGUGAUCCUCAUUAUUCUUCCUGUCUCAGUGGCCUUGUUUCUUUUAUUUGUAAUCAUUGGCAUUUCUUACAUUUAUUACCAAAUAAGAAGAAAUAUAAAAAAGGGAGUUCUUGAGAGAAGCAGCGGAAAUCCAUUUUCAAUAUGGAAUUAUGAUGGGAUUGCUGUGUUUGAAGACAUCGUGGAGGCAACAGAGGGUUUUGACAACAAAUACUGCAUUGGAAUUGGAGGGUAUGGAAAAGUUUACAAAGCAAAUCUAUCAAUGGGUCAGGUAGUGGCUGUGAAAAAACUUCACCUACUCGAAGGAGGGGAUCAAUCUAAUCAAAGAAGUUUUAGAAAUGAGAUACAAGCAUUAACUGAAAUCCGUCAUCGCAACAUAGUGAAGCUUUAUGGCUUUUGCUGCCAUGCUCGAUGCUCGUUUCUCAUCUAUGAGUACAUGGAAAGGGGAAGCUUGGCAAGUAUCCUAAGCAAUGAUGAAGGAGCUGCACAAUUGGACUGGACUCUAAGGGUGAAGAUUAUUAAAGGUGUGGCCCAUGCUUUAUCUUACAUGCACCAUGAUUGCACCCUACCAAUUGUUCAUCGAGACCUAUCAAGCAACAAUGUUCUGCUGAAUUCAGAACUUGAGGCUUGUAUUUCUGAUUUUGGCACUGCACGAUUGCUGAUACCUGAUUCAUCCAAUCGAACUAUGCUUGCAGGCACUUAUGGAUACAUAGCUCCUGAGCUUGCCUAUACAAUGAGGGUGACUGAGAAAUGCGACGUCUAUAGCUUUGGUGUUGUGGCACUUGAAGUGAUGAUUGGAAGGCAUCCUGGGCAACUCAUCUCCUCCUUGUCAUCACCAAAUAGAGAUGAUCCACUGCUAAAGGAUAUGUUGGACCAACGUCUCUCCAAUCCGACGGCGGAGGUUGCACACGAAGUCAUAUUUGCAGUGUCCAUGGCGCUCGCAUGCAUUCGGCCGGAUCCUGACUCUCGACCAACCAUGCACCAUGUGGCCCAGGAGCUAUCUGUUGGUGGGCCUUCUUUCUCUCUAGAGCUAUUUCAUGCACUAACAUUUCGUCAACUGAUGGAUCUAAAG